AUGUCUCGGCCGGUGAGAGACCUCCAACGUCUUUGGGAGGUUGAGGCCAUCGGGCCCUCCGAAUCCGCGGGGAAUGAUCUGAACGAAGCCGAACAUGACGCGAUCAGACAGUUCGAGAAGACUGUUUCGUACGACGGUCGACGUUACGCUGUCGCCAUGCCGAAACGGGUCUCAAUUGAGCAGCUCUCGAACAAUCUCGAAAUCGCUCUCACUCGCUCAUCGGCUAGACGCCGCGCAUUGACGCGCGAUCCCGAGUCCAUGAGGCGAUACGAUGCGGAAAUCAUGGCGUUUGUCAGGGCAGGUCAUGCAGAGGUACCCAAGGACGCCACGCUCAGCGGAUUCUUGCUCGCCGCCACUCUCCGGGAGCAUUUCAAGCGAAUCGACCCAACGUCGACCUACGCUUUGGGCAGCUCUUUCUACUUUGAUGACAUGCUCCGCAGCUUCGACUCGGACGCGGAGGCGAUACAAUUCAUCGACAAAAUCAUCGAGUGGAUGCAAUCGCGGAUAAACUCAACGACGACAAGCAGCGGACAGGUCCCGAGAACCACAUGGAAAGAAAUUGGAGAACGCGUUCCCAAGUUCGAUGGGAACGUCACAAAAUUCAGCCGAUGGAAGGACGCAUUCGUGCUACGUAUCGAUUCGAGAGACUGGGAUCCACUGGAGAAAUACGAGCUCAUGUUGAAAACCUUAGUUGGUCGGGCAGCGAGAGCCAUCUCAGGGUUUGGAGUCAUCGCCGACAACUACACCGUUGCGAGGGACACUAUCUACGAGGACUUCGGAGACUCGACCUUGGCAACGAAUCAACACAUGGAGAACAUCAUAGCGGCAUGCAGGGGAGAUCUCAGGGACAAUGCUAAGUUCAUCAGAUUUGUCGAGUGCAUCGUCCAAAAUGUCCAAUCGUUGUUGACCUUGGGGAACUCGUACGACGGCAUGUCCGCUCCCUUGUCAUGCAUGAUAGAGAAAGCAUUACCGUUUGGAUGUAAGAGGAGGUUGCGAGAUGCGUCUAGAGAUCUAACGGGAAUCACGCCGAAAUCGGAAUUUCUAGUCAAGUUUCUCAAAAGAGAAAAGACAGAUCUAGAGAGAAUCCUCCAUUCAGAAACGAAGUUUCAAGGUGACAAACCAUUCGGGAGCCGCCAAAAAAACGGGAAAUCGUUCACUCAUGAGUACGAUAGCUAUCAGAAAAAAUUUAGUGGACAGAAAUUCAAUCCUGCGGGACCUUCAGGCUCGACGAGUAGCCAAUAUUCAUUCGCUCUUGCAUCUCCUCGGGUAGACCACUCGUGUAUUUUCUGCGGAGAGCAACAUCCUAGCCCGAAAUGUAAGAAGCAAUUAUCGGCUGAGGAAAGACGAAAGUGUGCCGCGACACACAAUGCAUGCUUUGUUUGUCUUGCGAGAAACCACAGGGCGGACAAAUGUAGGGUAAGAAUCAAUUGCGCGGAUUGCGGCGGGAGACACUCCACCCUCUUAUGCGUAAAAACGAAGAAAGUAACAGUCGAUGCGGCGUACGCGCGGGACUACUCGGAGGAAUCGGGGCAAGAAACUACGACAACGAUAGAAAUCGGGGAGAAAUACCUCCCAACCGGAUACGUCGCGGCGCUGUCGGAAACCGACGAGACGAUUUGCAGAAUCGUACUAGACACGGGCUCUCAGAAAACUUUAAUCACCAAUGCGUUGGCGGAUAUAUUGAAUGCGAAACAAGUAGGCACAGAUAUAUUCUACCUACAAUCGGCGGGAUACGCGAAUCCACGAAAAUGCAAGGGACGUAUCGUGGAAGUAGUUCUUAAGAGUAGAUUCUCUAAUCAACAGGUGACCAUUAGAGCAACAGCAUUAGAAAACGUAAUCAGGGGUUCACUCCCAAACGCGGGUUUCUGCGGGAAUCUGAAUCCUGUAGCAGAUCGAAACGAUGGCGAAUGGUCAACUGAGGUCGACAUUCUGAUAGGAGUAGAUUCUUUAUAUCCAAUCCUAGGUUGCGACAUCAAAAAGGCGAACGGGCUCAUCGCACUUGAGACUCUAUUUGGAUACUUUCCCUGCGGAGCCGCGCAACAAAGUGCUGAAACGAAUCCGUGGCUGAUCGAGGCGAUCAGAAAUAAACGGAGUUCCUGGUUGGCAGACGGGAAAACAUCGGAAAAAACAGCUUGCACGUCUCUAGCGGUAAUCUCAAAACCCAAAGCUGAUGGAGAGGACCUAUCGUUCUUAUGGGAAACAGAAGUCAUGGGAAUCGAACCAUUCUUUAAGGAUAGAGACGAGGCAGCAAACGAAGAAUUGAACGAUUUCUUCGAGAAAACCAUUCGACGCUCUCCAUCAGGAAGAUACGUGAUUAGCUUACCAUACAAACCGAAUAAGGGAACCCUCGGAAACAACCGAAGAUUAGCGGAAAAUAGGCUCAAAAGCUUGAUCAUGCAGGCUCGAAAGAAUCCGAAACUCCUACAGGCGAUCGAUGAUGAGAUACAAGAUCUGCUAGGACAGGGCUUCGUUGAGCAAGCAAGCAUGCCAGACCCAGACGAAGACGCCCAUUACUUGCCGCUUUUGGCUGUGGUCAAAAAAGCGGCAUCGACAGCAGAUAAGCUGAAAACAAUCGUAAUUACGGCGGAUAUAGAGAAAGCGUAUCUGCAAUUCGAGAUAACGGCAAAACAUCGGACGUAUCUGAGAUUCCUAUGGCCACUGGGCAUCGGGAAAAAUCCAGAACACAGGGAAUUGCUCGAAUUCGUGAAACAACACUUCUACGUUGAUGAUUUGCUCGUAGGAGCGAAAUCAGUAGAAGACGGGAAAGAUAAAGUUGCGACUUUAGUCGAGGUCUUCAAAACAGGAUGCUUUCCGCUGAAGAGAUUCGCGACAUCCUCUAGAGAGCUCGGCGAAUAUAUUCAAGAAAAAUGUCCGGAGGCAACGGUGGCUUUCGGAGAAGAGAACGCGAAAUUUCUCGGGGUGAGAUGGAACCAGAUCUGUGACUCGAUCCAUGUCGAGGUCUCGACAGCGUUGCUCUAUUUCGGAAACUGCAAAGCCACGAAGAGGGCUAUUCUCAAAGGAGUAAGUCAAGUGUUCGAUCCCUUAGGCCUGCUGGCUCCGAUCACACUUGGCUUCAAAUUACUGCUUCAGCGACUAUGGCAAAAAAAGAUCGACUGGGAUAGUCUGAUCGAAGGAGAAGAAUUGGCAGAAUUCGACUCGAGCAUAGAAAAAUUAAAAGUGGCUACAUGCCUUAAUUUCGAGCGUCGAUUCAUAAAUUCAGAGGUCGGGGGCAUCACGGAACUACAUGUAUUCUGUGAUGCGAGUCUUACGGCUUACGGUUGCGUGGCAUACGCUAGAAACUUCCAGGAGAGCGGAAGAAUAUCAACCACGUUGAUCAUCGCGAAAGGAAGGGUGGCUCCGCUGAAGGGAGAUUGGUCGAUCCACAGACUAGAACUUCUCGGAGCGAUAAUCGCGGUGAAAAUCGUCAAAAAGAUACAGCAGGCAUACCUGGGAGAGUUCUCGGUGGUCAAAUUCGGGUGUGAUAACGCAUGCGUGCUAGCUUGGAUCCGAGAUCGUCCCGACAGAUGGAAAACCUUCGUGGAGAAUAGAAUCAUUGAGAUCCAGCAGGGAACGAAAGCCGAGCAAUGGAAUUACAUCAGAUCGGCCGAGAAUCCGGCAGACCUACUGAGUCGGGCGUCACUUCUAGAUACGAAGAGCUCAGAAACUUCUGGCUUUUCGGACCAGAAUGGUUGCGAUCGGGAGAAAAUCCGCGAAGUCACGGCCUGA